UUUUGUUUACCCCUAAAGGCACAAUACUGAGAUGUUUUAGGCCCUAUAAGACGAAUAAGAUGUCACUUAUGUUACAAAUUACCAGGCAAUUCUGCAGCAGAACACCAGGAGUGGCAAAUGUGGGAGGGAAAAAUGAAGGAGAAACGCCUCUGUCUUCUAACACGUCCUCAGAAAACAGAUAAAAAGUGAAGAACGCUCCUGUGUUACAUUGAGUGUGAUACUUCAACACUGAACCAUGAGUGGAAGAGGCAAAGGCGGGAAGGGACUCGGUAAAGGAGGCGCCAAGCGUCACCGUAAGGUUCUCCGUGAUAACAUCCAGGGAAUCACCAAACCAGCGAUCCGCCGUCUGGCUCGUCGCGGUGGAGUGAAGCGUAUCUCUGGUCUGAUCUACGAGGAGACCCGCGGUGUGCUGAAGGUCUUCCUGGAGAACGUGAUCCGGGAUGCCGUCACCUACACCGAGCACGCCAAGAGGAAGACUGUGACCGCCAUGGAUGUGGUCUACGCCCUGAAGAGACAGGGACGCACCCUGUACGGAUUCGGAGGUUAAUUCUGCGGCUUGAUCAGCGAAGAACAUCAAACGGCCCUUUUAAGGGCCACCCAAAGCUUCUUCUAAGAGCAGAUUCUGAUCUCAUUCUUAUUAAUGACAGUAAUCUGGACUUUAUGAUGUAGUAUUAAACAGUUUACAUUAUUAAUUUGUGCACUAAAAGCAUACCUCUCACAAAUUAUAUAUCAACGGGAAAGAAUGUAUCACCCGAUUCUCUUACACCAAUGAAUUGAACACUACACGUUUUUUUUUUCUCUCCUCUCCAGUGAGCAAAUUUAAGCCUUUAUGUUUAGAAACACUUUUGUAUUGAUACAGUUCUUUCAGACAUGAAGUCAGUCGAAGCCUUUUAAAAACAGGAUUUCCACACAGAUAAAAUCUUAUGUACGUGCCUAACUGCCCAGUAAU